UUCUCCUUCCUCUGCGUAGGAUGUCUAUAAAUAAUAGGGAGUCUGAUAGCCUCAACAUCAUGCCAAUAUCGAUCACUUAGAAAAACUCAAGUCUUAUUUCUCAAAUUAGCUCAAGAUGAAGACGGCUUUUGCUCUCAUUACCCUUUCAUCACUUCUCUUGUUUUCAGGCACCGUUCUUGCAAGGAAAGAUCCGGGAGACUACUGGAAGAAUGUAAUGGAGAUCGAAUCCAUGCCGGAGGUGCUUCAAAUCCUUGUCAAUGGUAAAUUAAGAAAUAAUGGUGACAAUUUUGUCAAGCAUUUGGAUAGAGGCAAUACGCGUGGAAGUACUGAUCAGCCUAAAUAUAAGGACUUAAAUGCAGACAAAUGGUCCAACUCUGCUAUAUUUUAUGGGAGAUUUGAUCGACCUCAAGUUGGAAAUUCUGAGCUCAAAGAUAAGUCUGGUAAUAAGGAUUUAAAAGUAGACAAAUGGUCUAACUCUGCAGUACUUUAUUGGGGAUAUGAUAGACCUCAAACUGAAAAUACCGAUGAGCUCAAAGAUAAGCCUUCCAAUGACAACCAGAACCAAUUUGCACCUAAAAAUAAGGAUUUAAAUGUAGACAAAUGGUCUAACAGCGCUAUACUUUAUUGGGGAUAUGACCGACCUCAAGUUUAAGUCUUGUAUUCUCAACCUGAUACCUUUGGGUCUUUGUCUAAAAAAUAAAUAAAUAAAAACAUAGCUUUGGAUUGUUCGUUUGGAGUUUGGCCUCUUCUAACGAGGUAGCUUUUGGACUUUUAUGCUAUAAUAUAUCUAUGUACCUGUAUGUGUGCCUAAUAAAUGAUGAAUAAUCAAAUAAAUUACGUUUGUUUAAGAGAA